AUGUCUUUCCACUACAACAAGAUUCUCAUCAUUGGCGCAACUUCUGGUAUCGGGGAAGCAUACGCCGAAAAGCUCAUUCAAGACGGCAAGCAAGUGAUCAUAGUCGGCCGGCGAAAGGACCGACUGGACGCCUUCGUCUCCAAGCACGGCCAAGAGCGCGUCGAAGCCAUCCAAUUCGACAUCAAGCUGCUGAAUCAGAUCCCAAAGUUCGCGCUGGAUGUCACAAACGCACACCCGGACUUGGACUGUGUGCUCCUGAAUGCGGGCAUACAGCGCGCGUUUAACUUCUUAAAGCCUGAGACGGUGGAUCUGUCUAUCUUGGACGAGGAAACGCUCACGAAUUACACGGCGUUUAUUCAUUUGACGCUGGCUUUCAUACCACAUUUGCAGAAACAGCCGGGGGAUACGAGUUUGAUCUAUACGUCGUCAAGUCUUGCGCUCAUUCCGGUUGUACAGUGUCUGAAUUACUCGGCUUCGAAAGCCGCGCUUCACCAUUUCCUGCUCUGUCUUCGCGAGCAGCUUGCGGAUGGGCCGGAGAGGAUAAAGGUUAUUGAGAUCUUCCCUCCUGCAGUUCAGACGGAGCUACACGACGAUAUCAAGAACGGACGGGCGAUAGGGAUGCCGCUGGUUGACUUUGUUAAGGACUCUUGGGCGAAGCUGGUGCAUGGUGAUGAUCAGAUCGCGGUUGGAAUGGUAGAGGCUGUUUUCAACGGGUUCGAGAAACUGAGGUCGGGCAUGUUCUUCAAGGGUGUUCAACGUCCGACCUAGAUAUCGGGUGGUGCUGAAAACAGAGGUGGUUUCACGUGGUCGAUGAGAACUUCCUCUGAAGCUUGCAGUUGCAAGCAUGUAGCUUUUCUACCUCUCCUAAGUUCUCCUGAUGCUCGGAGGAUUACUGACUCUCAUGAGUCCUUUGAGAUAAGGGGAAUAGUAUUGAGACGGAUACUGAUGAUCCCCCGAAUGUACUCCGUAGUUGAAUGUAAUGCCCAGUAAUAUGAUAUCUCUCAACCUUGCAAUCCAAUAAGAGAGAUGGAGUCGUAAUCUACGCGGGUCGUGCAUUGAGGACCCUGCACGAUAUGCGGGUGUGUCUCCGUUCCCUUUGUGUGGUUGUACA